UUUACAACCUCCCCGGCCUGUUUCGCCGGGAGGUUGCAACGCGGUUCUUUUAUUUACAGUUCGCGUCGAACGAACGAUAGCCCCGAUCGUCUGAAAGGAAAAAUCUAUUUGAAAAAAAAAAUGGCUUAAAACCCCGAAACAGAAGAAAAGAAGAGAAAAAAAACAAGAGGGCGAAGAAGAAAUAAAGACAGAAACGAGCUUCACCCGAGGCGAGAAUGUGCGCACAGCCGAGCCCCCCGCUACAGACGCAGACGGUAGACCGGGAGAGCAUUUACAAAUGGGUCUCAGAGCUUUCGAACUCGUCGACCAGAGAAAAUGCACUCCUACAGCUGAGCAAGAAACGAGAGGUAGUCCCUGAUCUUGCGCCAAUGCUAUGGCAUUCGUUCGGAACGACCUCAGCACUGCUCCAGGAGAUAAUCAAUAUCUACCCAGUAAUCAACCCCCCGACGCUCACCGCUCACCAGAGCAACCGUGUCUGCAAUGCCCUUGCGCUUCUCCAGUGCGUAGCAUCCCACCCGGAGACGCGCAGCGCCUUCCUCCAGGCGCACAUACCCUUGUUCCUCUACCCAUUCCUCCACACCGUGUCCAAGACCCGCCCAUUUGAGUACCUCAGGCUCACAUCACUCGGCGUGAUAGGCGCCCUGGUCAAGACAGACGAACAGGAGGUCAUAACGUUCCUUCUUACAACCGAAAUCAUACCUUUGUGCCUCCGCAUAAUGGAGUCGGGAUCCGAGCUCUCCAAGACAGUCGCGACCUUCAUCCUGCAGAAGAUACUCCUUGACGAUUCCGGUUUAAACUACAUCUGCCAGACCUACGACCGUUUCAGUCACGUGGCAAUGAUACUUGGAAAAAUGGUCCUGUCCUUGGUGAAAGACCCGUCAGCGAGACUUCUUAAACAUGUGGUGCGGUGCUACCUUCGACUCUCUGACAACCCUAGGGCUCGUGAGGCGUUGAGGCAGUGCCUCCCAGAUCAGCUGAGGGAUUCGACGUUCUCCUCUUGCCUCCAGGAAGACAAAUCGACGAAACACUGGCUCGCCCAGCUGCUGAAGAAUCUCGAGGCGGGCCUGCCGCUCGCCAUCUCGCCCCUCCACGUGACUCAGUCGAUGUGAAAAAAUAUAUAUAUAAAACAAAAGAAAAAGAACAAUCUGGUGCCUCAUUUUAUUUUCUCUUUUUUAUUAUUAUUUUUUCUCUCCAUUUUAUAUCGAUAAAAUCUUUUGUGAGAGAUGACAAAUUGAAUCUGAAUACCAAACUCUAUUAACUACUUGGCAUUUGUAUAUUUCUGAUAUAUCUAUUGUAAAAUCUUAUUUAAGGAAGGAAGAAACAAAAAAGUGGCUAGUUCUUCAAUAAAAAUUGUAUAUUUGA